GUUAAAAGAUGUUAGUUUCAGUUAACAGUUCAGUUCUAACACAACAGUUCUAAAAUCGACGUCUUCAACACUUGACAAAAAAGCUCAGACAAACGAAAAGUAAAGAUGAAAAGGGCGUUCACCGAAUAUUUUGAAAAGGUGGAAGCCGAGUUCGUGCUCGCAGAAGGCAACCCUAAUAAGACGGCCAGAAUGGCGAGCAACGGCGAAAUGCCUGUGGACAAUAUGCACCAUCAGGAUGGCUGGAGCAGACCUAACCCUAACCCUCCAGCAUCAUCUGUUGGGCCUGAUCAAGACAAAGAUCAAGUUUCUCUCCCACUGUCCAUCAACUGGUCAGGGAUGAUUGAAGAAUCAAACUAUAAAAGAAACCUCCAGAAAAUCCUUCAGAGUUGGGCCAACAAGAACACAUUGCACAUAAACUUUGACGUUGUUAAUGCCUCAAAGGACACUGCUCAGAUAAUUAUAAGGCCUGCUAAAGACCAAACGUGUUUAGAUAACCUGUAUGGACAAACACUGACCAACAAAGAAGGAAACAUAUCAGUCACAGUAACACAGUUCAAACCACCCAGUUCUUCUCUCGAUCAACAAGAAGAGGGAAAAAAAACAGAGGAAAAAAGCCAGAUAAUCAGUUUGGCAAUGACCAUGAUGAAGGAAGCAGAAGAAGAGCUGAGGAGCUGCAGUGUUUCUGUUGGACAUUUCUGGUAUGUGAACCAGAUCUACGGAGAAAAAAUGAAAUGUAUUGAGAAAGAUAAUGGAGUAGAGAUUAAAUCAGAGGUGACAGUGAAUUUUAAACCAAAACACCCAUAUGCAGAUCUGAAGAAGGCACGCAGUGAGUUCACUAAUCUAGUUCAGAAUUCCAUAACGGAAUCCAAUGGCUUUGUUGUUCCGUUCAAAACCAUGGCUCCAGAAGACUGUAGCACCAUACUGAACAUCAUCCAGAAAUAUGAGAACAAGCUUUUUCUCACCAUUUCCUCUCAAGAAGUUACAGUAUGUGGGCCCAAACACAGUCAAGACUCCGUGAAGGAAUGUUUACAUAGAAACAAGAUCGCCACGAUAAACACCACUCCUUCAGCAGCCUCUACUGACAAACAACUGACGAUUGGGAUGAAGAUCAACGACCCACUUGUUAAAACUGGUCUCUCCAUGGACUUGAAUCGAUGGUGUUAUAUGAGGAACUCCUUUAUGGAACAACUGAAUGAAAUCAAAACAAAGUUCAAUGUGGACCUGAUAGAAACAAACACCAUCGGAGGAAAUGUAGACAUCAUGGCCUUGCACAGAAGUGAUGGGAACGUUGCCAUGGAGAGCCAUGCUCAAAGAGCUCUUCUUCGUUUGUACCAGAAAUUUGUAACAUCGCACAUGAGGUCAAAGCAAAGCCACGACAUUGGUGGCGUAAACAUCUGGAUGCAGCAAAGCUAUGAGCAUCAGUCAGAGGGGGCCGUCGGUGGACUAGAGCUGAGUGGGAUGCAGGGACCCAGCCAUGACAUAUGUAAAUUGAGCACCAAAGAAUCAAAAAAUGAUGAGGGCGACAACUGCCCCAUAUGCCUGGACAAAUUCACCAAUAAGAAACAGCUCAACUGUAAGCAUGAAUUCUGUGACGGAUGUCUGCAACGUUCGAUGGAUAGCAAUGGGCCCAUAUGUCCGCUGUGCAAAGAUGUCUAUGGAAUAGUAGUGGGAAACCAGCCUGUUGGAAAAAUGACAUCGAACAAGACUUCCUCUUCCCUACCUGGUUUUCCAGGAUGCGGAACAAUAACCAUUAACUAUAACAUUCCAAGCGGGACACAGACGACAAAACAUCCAAACCCGGGACAGAAGUACCAUGGUAUUAGUAGGACAGCAUAUCUGCCAGACAACAAUGACGGUAAUGAAGUGCUGAUGCUUUUGAGGAAAGCAUUUAACCAGCAGCUUAUUUUUACUGUCGGGACGUCAAGAACAACUGGGCUGGAAAACCAGGUGACUUGGAACGACAUACACCACAAAACUUCAAUCAGUGGAGGACCAGAACGUUUUGGCUAUCCUGACCCUUCCUACCUGAGCAGGGUGAGAGAAGAGCUAAAGGCCAAAGGCAUCCAGUGAACUUUGAUCCAUAUGGCUGGGGUUGGUACCCGCCACCAUAUCAAUUUAAGAAGAAAUGGUGAAAAUACAAUUUAAAAGAUUGCAUUUAGUUGAAUUUGUAUGUUGUUUCUUUUGCUAAGAAUGGAUAUUACUAUUGUUGCAUGUUUCUGUGUGAAGUGUUAGCCGGGGUUUUUGAUGAAAGUAUAGUUUUAAUAUAAGAUGUGACAGUAGUGACGACUACUCUGUAAGUUUAUUAAACUAUGUUUUGAUUUUGUUUUGAUUAACCACAUUUUUUUUGCACAAUUUAACCAACAAUUGUCAACAACAAAGUCUGCACAAAUCUGCACCAGCUGUGGACAGGCAGCGGGGCAAGUUGGCAUAGAAAACAAGUGUGUGAGGGCAAAAGAAUUGAGCAGUCCUGGGGGGCAGUCAAUCAGACAUGAUGGACACUUUUGAGCCGAAGCUGGAUUAAAUUGACUUUUGCGAUCUGAUUAUCAACCCAGCUGAUGUGAUUGUUUACUCGUGAAUUGCUGCCUCAUUAAACAAGAGUUUAAUGCAUUCAGUUAUUCAUCUUUUGUUGGUUUAAGUGCAUGAUUUCCAGUCUUUAAUUACCAUACAGAGUCGGCUGAUUUGUCUCUGUGUGUACAUGCCAAGUCUGUUUAAAAUCUGUGAAGACUCUGCCAACAACUGCGACAAUAGCAGAGUAGCAUUUACCCAAAUACUCGUGAAGCAAUGCUGUUUACCUGUUAAAAUGCAGGGGGAAAAAAUCUGAAUAAAGCUUUAAAUUAAGUU